CAAACGCAGGAUAGAAUCUCCAUACACAUAGUUCCAAGGCAUACAGAGCACAUACACCAUACUUGCAUAUAUACACUUUUUUUUUGUUCACAGGGAUUGAGAAAAAGAACAUCCUCCCAUCUUCGAAUGGCACCUGGCCGUUGGAUCAAACCAGAGGUGUAUCCGCUAAUGGCCGCGAUGACCUUUGUAACGGGCAUGUGUAUCUUCCAACUUGCUAGGAACAUGCUAAUGAACCCCGACGUCAGGAUCAACAAAGCUCAUCGCACCACUGCUGUCCUCGACAAUGAAGAGGAAGGAGAGAAAUAUGCGCAGCACAGCCUCCGCAGGUUCCUCCACCAACGCCCUCCAGAGAUCAUGCCUGCUAUAAACGAAUUCUUCUCUAGCAAUAAAUAAUGUCUAUUCAUUUCUACCAGAAAACAAAAAUAAUGAUGAUGAUAAUGCCCAUGCAUGUAUGUUAUUAUCUUUGUUCAUAUAUGUGUUUAUGAAUGCAUAAAUCAAGACCCAUAUUCAUGCAUGGCUAGCAACAUAAUCACGAGUUCGUACUCGUUGUACACUGGCAUUCAACUCUCAGUUAUGAUUUCAAAAUUUCUUUUGA